CCCUAUUCCGGGAACGUCACGGUGACGUGUCCCAUCCUCCCUCUCCCCCCCCCCAGUCGGUGUCAGGAUGUGGUUCUGGUCCCGGGACCCGGCCCGUGAUUUCCCCUAUGAUAUUAUUGGGGAGAGAGAGGAGUUACCGGGAGGAUGGGGCAUCCAGAAAGGAAAAAAGAAGGUGAGGGUACCCAUGGCAUCACUGAGGGGUAUUUGUUUGGGGGAGGGUGGCAGCCAGUAGCUGCAGGGUGAUUUGUUAUUAUCUAGUUUGGGGUUGUUGUAUAAUGGGCUGGCUGGAUAUUAUUACUAUGGUUACUAAAAAUUAUUUCAGGGUGUAGUAAUAUAUUAAUUUGUGCUGUAUAAUUAGUGUGUUUUGCAUGUUACAACAGAUAUCACUAUGUGAUUUAAUAUAGCUCUUUACCUAUUUGCACUUUACUACCAUAAACAGUUAGUCAGGGAACAUUUCAGGUUUUUUUGGGGGGGUGGGGGGUAUUAAAAUCCGAAUUGAAAAAAAUUAAGACAGAAAUAGGAGAUCUGGAAAUAUAAAUACGCCUGUCAGUUUUAAAAAUAAAGAAAUAAGUCAGGUUUGCUGAUUUAGCCUCACAUUUUAAUUCGCAACAUUCUGGAGUUUAGUGAAUAACUACAAUGGAAUGCUCAACAAUUGCUUGAAGAUAUAUGUAUUGUUAUUGCAUGGGGGGUGGAAAAGCUGGCAUAUAUGACAAGGUUAUGGUAAUAGUUUGUAUCUGUUCACGAGACAGGUCGGUGGAGACGCAGUGUCUGUGUUCACAUACGAGAUACAACCAAGUGCAGAAGAGCAGACGCAAGCAGCCAGAUCUGCUUUGAAACGGAUCAAGACCCUGAGACACCCCAAUAUUUUAUCAUAUGUGGAUGGAUUGGAGGUACUGGACCCAGUAAACCUUAUCAGUUUAGUUGCCAGUUCAGUAGAUUGACUGUGGCGACUGUUCAACGUAGAUUUCGGUGUAGUGCAUAUGUUUCAUAACUGCUUAACCCCUUAAGGGCACAUGACGUGUGACAUGUCAUGAUUCCCUUUUAUUCCAGAAGUUUGGUCCUUAAAGGGUUAAAAGGACAUUAUAGGCACCCAGACCACUUCAGCUCAUUGAAGUGGUUUGGGUGCAGGGUCCCUAUCCCACUUUGUCCAGUUUGAGAAACUGCAAAAAUUUGCCUUGCAUGGCUAAGACUGCCUUCAGUGGCCAGCUAAGACUGCAUUUAGACAGAAAAAUAGAAUUUGACGGCAUAUAACAACCAUCCGGCCCAUCUAGUCUGCCCAAUUUUCUAUAUACUUUCAUUAGUCCCUGGCCUUAUCUUAUAGUUAGGAUAGCCUUAUGCUUUUCCCACGCAUGCUUAAACUCCUUUACUGUGUUAACCUCUACCACUUCAGCUGGAAGGCUAUUCCAUGCAUACAAUAAUAAGAGAACUGAAGGGGAGACAGGGAGAUGGUGAAUUGUCUGUACCUCCUAAGUCUUCCCUCUGAGAAAAAGGAGAGCAACCCUUAGUAGAAGCUUAAAACCAUCACUUGUAAUCAAUUAUUUUAAAAUACCCAAGACAAGGAUGUUUGAAAAAUUCUAAUAAUCAAAUAAGUCCACUUACUUGAUUAUAAUAAUUUUUGACUUGAGUGGUGCGCACAAUUCACCAUCUCCCUGUCUCCCCUUCAGUUAUCUUAUUAUUGUAUUUAUGUAUAGGGGUUACCCCCCAUUCUCACGAGCAACCUGACACACUCUCCCUGCUCUCUCUUUUCAACUGGCUAUUCCAUGCAUCCACUACCUUCUCAAUAAAGUAAUACUUCCUGAUAUUAUUGCUAAACCUUUAUCUCUCUAAUUUAAGACUGUCUUCUUGUUGUGGUAGUUUUUCUUUUAAAUAUACACUCCUCCUUUACUGACUAGAGUCCCUUCCAGAAUGCUAGCAGACCCUUAAACAACACUGGACGUCAUCCUCUGCAUGAGGACAUCCAGCGUCAGCGAAAACCCUAUAGAAAAUCAUUGAUUCAAUGCUUUCCUAUGAGGAGGGUCUAAUGUGCUUGAGGCGCUCUCUGUGGUCCCCCUUUUGAUUGACGUCGGAGGAGGAGGAUUGCCAACCCAGUGCAGAGGGACAUUAGCGCUGGAGUCGGGCGCGUUAAGGUUUUUUUUUUUUUUUUUAACCCUUUGUGUGCCGGAGGGGAGAAACCGGGGGUGGGGACUAAUGGGCACUAUAACAUUAGAAAUUCAGAUUUGUAUUCCUAACACUAUAGAAUCCCUUUAAAGUACAGAUCUAGUCAUAAUGUCUUUUAACCUGCUUUAUUGGAUCAUGAUAAUUGGUACUGCUUAAAUAUGCACCACAUUUUUUUUCCUGUGAUUUGUUCAACCCACACACUGUAUUUUGCCUAAAUUGAUCUUGCUACUAGACAGCCUGUAUCAAAAAUCCUGGAACAGAAUAUUCUACAAAAACAAUCUAUGAUUUACUUGCACACUGCAAGCACCAUGCCCACUACUGCUUAUUUUGGUUACGGUUCUUUAAAGCUAUAACAACAACAAAAGUAUGUAUUCCUCAACAAUGAGAAAAUAAAUUGAAAACCCCUGCCUUAGAGAUAUGCUUCCAUCGUCUUCUCCAAAUCCUCAACCAGUUUUCUAUAAAUAUGGGAGCAAAAACUACAAAUAAAGGAAAGAAAGAAAACAUUUCAUAGGGUAGAAUACAAUUGUUAGCUGGCCAACGGAUAUGUCUUGGAUACAGCUCCUCCCAAAUUACUUCGCAAAAUAAAUUCAGUUUAUUCGAUUCCACUCGAAAGUGGAUGGUAGUUGCAUAAGGACAAAAGGCAGCCACAAUAGUGUAAUGUCAUUAAAUAAAUUUAUUAAGAAAUGCAUUUUAAACACAUACGUUAAAGAUCCACUAAAGUCACCCAGACCACUUCAUCUCAAUAAAGAGCUCUGGGGCAGUGGUCCUUUCAUUUUAAUCCCCUAGUGUAAAACAUUGCCAUUUUGUAGAAACGGCAAUUUUAACAUUGAAGGGUUAAGUACACCUCUAGCGGCUGUCUACUUGACAACCACUAGAGUAGCUUCCUCCUCCAGAACAGCGUCAAACUCGGCCCUGCAUUAAAAAUCUGUUUACAGCAGCAUUUGACUGGAUAACUGUGACAUUUGGCCACGUAUGGGUAUCUCAUCCAUCGAAGCUUAGAUUGGAUAAGACUGAGGCAUGCUGACAUCUUCUGAGAAGAAGCGGGAGUUGCAAAGGAGAAGUCUCUGCGCUUGAAAUGCGGUGAUAAAACUUUAUUUAACUUAAAUUUUUAUCAGCAAAGGAGAGUGGCAAGUGCGCACAGUGAUAGAUGAGAACCAGUUGUCCCGAAAAAAAUAUUAUUUUUGGGACUAUAGAUUUCCAUUUAAAAUAAAGUCACAGCAUCAGACAGCAGCAGUCUCUCCCCUCUGUUGAGAGUAUCUCCUUCAGGUCUAAUAAUCUGUGAGGACUGUUGUGAUUACAAAAAAAAAAAUGACUGCCUAAUCCAGGUUACUGAACAGCAUUAAGGAAUAUACCUUUGUUUUUCAUUCUCUGUUAUUUUGUGUGGUUUUUUUUUAAAACUAAAAAGUCCCUCAUCUUUCGUUGCUAUUUCAGACUGACAAAUGUGUAUACAUAGUGACUGAGCCAGUGACCCAGCUUGGAACAUACAUGAAGUCUAGGACUGAUUCGGGGGGAGUCAGUGAGUUGGAGAUCUCAUGGGGCCUUCAUCAGAUUGUGGUAAGAGUGUCAAAUUCGUAUGUGUUAUAUUAAAUGUUUUUGCUUUAUUCGGUAACAAAUAGCAGGAAUGACCCAAUUUCCCUAUUAUGUAUUUAUUUCACUUUAGAAAGCACUCAGUUUUUUGGUGAAUGAUGGUAACCUAAUUCACAAUAAUGUCUGUAUGUCGGCUGUGUAUGUGGACCGUGCUGGGGAAUGGAAGCUGGGUGGUCUUGAGUAUAUGUACCCAGCUGGAGCAGAAGAAACAGCCCCCAGAAAGAUCAGCGAGCUGGAGAAAUAUGACCCCCCAGAAAAGACAGAGCGAUCCAAGAGUUCCAAGGAAAAGUGGUGUGUUACUUUAACCUUCUAAAGUUUCUGCUUCAGUAUCUCUCUUAUUGAGAGAUACUGCUUCAUUGAAUUUAACCUCUGAAGUAUAAAUUGCAUUGAUUUGAAACCAAAUGCCAACAUAUAGGCCAAAAUAAUUCAUUUACAAAUUGUUUAGCUAAGCCAUGGUCACAGAUAUGCUAUUUUAGUCUGAAAUUUUCCAGUUUAGUUGCCAAUUCACUGUUUGGCAACUAAGCUCUCUUUGUAUAGAUUGCUUGCACCUUCUUGUACUUUCUCUUUCUUUGUUUUCUUUAAUUAACCCUUGCAUUGCAUAACUGACUCCCGUUGUAAGGGGAGUAGUUUGAUGAGCAAUUUCUGUGUAACAGGUCAGCUGAUAUGUGGUGCCUUGGCUGCUUAAUCUGGGAGGUGUUUAAUGGUCCUCUUCCACGCCCCACUGCUCUCCGAUCCCUUGGAAAGGUAUGCAAUACAUACAUGUAAUAGUGAGCUUGGUGGCUCAGUGUUUUUUAAAAUGAAGUAGCUUGUAAUUUAAUAUUAGAACCUAUAAUUCUGUUAAAGCAUUACUCCAAACACCAUGACCAAAUCAGUGAUUUGAAGUGGUCAUGGUGUCUGGAAUCUGUGUGUCCAGCGUUUUACUUUGAAAUGCUACAGGUACGGAGAUUAACCCGUCCCCUUCCAGAGGUGUGACUUCAUCUAUGGAAGGGUCAUUGGGCGUAUUCUGGACUGGCUAAUAAUGAUGCCAGCUCACAUAGCAUGUUGGUGCCAGGCAGCCAAUGGAGGCAUGACCUCCCUUCCAUGCUGCUAAUGUCCUACCCUCAGUCCAUCCUCCCUGUCCUCCCUCCGGUGAGGGAUGGUGACGUCAGCCAAGAAGGAUCGAGAUCAGGGAAGAAUUUUGCCUCUCCAGUGGAAACCAGAGAGGGAGGGAGGGCGGGCCACCACAGAAAGGGUUACUGUAACCAAAACCAGUGCUUUAUGAAAACACUGUUUUUUGGUUGGAGUGACCCUUUAAGCCUUAAAGCAAUAUUUCACAAUCUGUAGUUUUUGUUGGACUUUAUCAGUCGAUGUGAAACACAUUGAAUAACUUGUGUAAAGGUCAUAGUAGCGCAUGUAUGCAUUACAGAUAAGAUGUUAUGUUGUGGUUUAUUUGCCUGCUUUUGUAUAUAUCAGAUCCCCAAGACACUGGUGCCUCACUACUGCGAGCUGGUUGGAGCAAACCCCAAAGCCCGUCCCAAUCCAGCACGCUUCCUCCAGAACUGCCGCUCCCCAGGAGGGUUCCUCAGCAAUAGUUUUGUGGAAACCAAUCUCUUCCUGGAAGAGAUUCAGGUCAGACCUCACCAUUGUAUACUCUAAUUUUGUUUCUGAAUAAUUUCUGCCACUUGCUCAGUUGGUUCUAUGUCUUUUUUGCUGUUCUGUUUUCUAUACUCUUACAUUAUAUCACAUGCUCUCCAUCUUUAAUUCUUCAUUUCUUUAUUUUUAUUGUUGUUCCAUGUUAAGCCAUUUUUUCACUAUUCUUCCACUAAUUAAACUUUUCUUAUUUUAUGACUUUCAGUUUUCUUGUUUGACAUUCCUUUAAAGGGAUACUCCACUGCUCAAAUUGGCAAAACAAAGUUUAAUAGAUAUACUCCAAAUCAAUACAUGCGUGUAUUGAUUUGGGGUAUAUCUUAAAAGGGCUCUCCCUCCGGCCCUCCACAUGCGCCUACUUUUGCACCCGACUGCCAUGCGUGCCCCCAUUACCUGGUGUUUUCGCAUUCACAGCAUUUUGAUCUGAGGUUAGGAGGGAGACAGGGAUGUUCAAGUUAAGCACACCUGACACUUCCGUUAGCUCAGGAGAGCUAACGGAAGCAGGAAUAACCCCUUUGGCUGUUUGACAGGUUAUUUCAGUAAUUAUUUAUAAAAGUGCUGAUUUCUCAUAGAAAUUGGUGCUUUUAUAAACUGUCAUUAUAAUGGGAAACUCCAUAAACCUCUUCAGCUUUAGAAGUGUGGAUUGUCCUUUAAUUUUUUUUUUUUUGUCUAGUAGAUUCAUUCCAUCCUCAAAGGCAGUCCAACAUGUAAAUGUUGAGUAAGGAAUUCUACUCAAAAUACUGUGAACUAAAGCACUUGUUUUCACCUGUAUUAUCCAUUAGUGGGACAUAAUAAUCCUGAAUUGUGCUCACAGCACCUGGGUCUCCAUAUGUAAAACUCUCAUGUUGUCCUUUGUUCUUGUGUCCGAAAUCUUCAACUCCCAGGCCUUCUCUAUCCAUAGUAGAAAUGCAAUCUAAAGAAAUGAACGUACAAUUGUCUAUUGAGAUACUGCAGUGUUAAUAGCAAGUUUGCAGCAUUUCAGUUUGUGCCUCAGUCAUGCGUUAUGUACAUCUGUGAUACAUGGCUGAUAAUGCUCUAGAUCAGGGUUGGGCAACCUUCGGCACCCCAGGAGAUGUGGACUACAUCUCCCUUGAUGCUUUGUCAGCAUUAUGGCUGUAAAAGCAUUAUGGGAGAUGUAGUCCAAAACAUCUGGAGUGCCAAAGGUUGCCUACCACUGCUCUAGAUACAAUGAACAAGGAGUACUCGUCUAGAUAUCUGGAUCCCCUCUUUUAAACUUACAGGGACACUUAGAAUAUGCAACGAAGAUAAAAACAGAUUGUAAGAAAGAGAGACUUCCUGAGUCAGUGUGUUUGUGUAUUAAUAUAUAAUAUGAGCUAGGUGCCAAAAGCAAACAAAUGAGCAAAACUAAUUCAAGGCCUCCUAAAUGUGAACGCCCUGUACAGCGAGCUCCAGAAAAUUACAGCAAACAGAGUGAGAAUGAGCAAAAAGUUAUGUGCCUAUUCUUAGGGUUUCUCUGUGUCACAGCGAGUCUCAGUGCUUACUGUGCUAAGAGUGGUAUAUCUCUCCUUCACGGACACCUUGGGGUUGUGUUGUUUGUGCUGAGAAACCUUAGCUGGACAUUGGAGUGCCCCUUGGAUUAGAUGUGUCACAAAUGAAAAUUUUCUUAGUUUGCUAAAGACACAAACUCCGGUCAGAUUUACUGAGUCUGUAACUAAAAACAGACCCGAAUAGGUUUCCUCUAUGAGUAGAGCGUGUCGUCAACAUUUCGUUGACCAAUUAGACAGUUAGAACCAAGUAAAUGGAAUGUUAAUAGCAUAGAAAACAUCUAAUUAGUUGCUUAGUGUGUUACAAGACAAGUUAAACCUGACUGAUGAAAAUGUACUCAUUCUGUGCCAGAGACAGUGGAAGUGGGCCAAAAUCAUUGUGACUUUUUCUAAUGAUUUGACUGUACUGUUCUAUAAUUGACACUCAUGGUUUUUACUAAAAUCAUUUAUAAGUUUUUAGUUAGAAUUCAGUUGAUGACAUAUUUCUCUGUUUAGAAAUAAACCACUUACACGAAGGCUGCUGUAUUCUUUUCAGUCUGUUUAUUCUCACCUUCUCUGACCGCCUUCCUUGCCUGUUGAUUCUCCUCUUCAUUUCAUUUUUCGUUGAUUUCUUAUCUUAAUAAGCCCUUUUUCCUUUUCAUAGAUAAAAGAUCCCACAGAGCGACAGACAUUUUUUGGACAGCUCAGUGAAAACUUGGACACAUUCCCAGAGGAUUUCUGUCGUCAUAAAAUCCUUCCCCAACUGCUGACAGCGUUUGAAUUUGGCAGUGCUGGCGCAAUUAUCCUGACUCCCUUAUUUAAGGUAGGUUCAGCAGCGCUAUAACAGCCCAUAUGCUGCUUCAUCAUCACUCUUCUGUAUGCAAUAUGUUUCCCUCAAGAAAAAUGAGAAGUGAGGGGUCGGACCUUGCGUUGCCAUGUCUUCAUGGCGUGGCCAAGAUUAUCUAACCAGAACAUGUUUAAUUUAACUGUAAUACAAUACUUCCUUAAAAGAUCAUGCUAAGCACAAUAACCACUGCAGGCAUCCUGUUUUAUGGUGCCAGGAGUCCCUUGGAGCGAUUUCCCAGUAAGGGGUCAAAUUGUUUGUAAAUGUUUUUACAGCUAUCUUAGUUUCACUGGGCAACAGCAGUGUUCCUAGUCUUCAUGGUGAAGCUACAACCGAAGUUCUAAUUCUUCUUUUGCGAUGUCAAUUUUGUGCAAUGCUUUACAUCAUUUUAUUGGUGAAGACUGUCAUCUGAUGUGCUCGAUCAGUGAAUAAUCUGAAAAGCUGCUCAGACUUGACAUAGUUUGAGAGAAUGCUUUCCGUCAUAUGGCAGCAUGGUCACUCUGUCACUUUGGUAAGUGUCAAACUAUUUGGCCCCUCAUUUGGGGGACAGCACCAGGGGCUCCUGGUACCAUAACAACUACAGUGGUUCUAACACCUGAUUCUAAUUAAAUCAUUUAUUUUAUAAAUAAUCAGUUGGCCCAACAAAAGAAUUGAACAUUGAUUCUUAUCUAGAGAUUACCAGUGAUUUCUUGGUCUGGCUACGGCCUUGACACAUCUGAUAUCAUAAAGUAUUCUAAAACAGGUUUGCUACUCCUAUUUAUGCAAUCAAUGCCCAUGCAGAAUUGAUAAGUCACAAUGGAUAGUAGUACCCUGUCGUGAAGUUAUUGCUGUCUGCUAGAAAGCACAUUGUUAUGCCUGCUAAGGGGUGAGUAGAUGUAGAUUUUACCUUAGAGAGUGUGUUGUAAAUGACAUGGACUUUUUAUUUAUUUUUCUGCUUGAGAAAAUACUGUUUAUUUGCCUAAAGUUUGUGCAAUGCUGUAAUUUGUUGUGUGAGCGGCAUGGUUAGAAUAAUUUUGAUGUGUGAGCGGCACGGUUAGAAUAAUUUUGAUGUGUGAGCGGCACGGUUAGAAUAAUUUUGAUGUGUGAGCGGCACGGUUAGAAUAAUUUUGAGGUGUGAGCGGCACGGUUAGAAUAAUUUUGAGGUGUGAGCGGCACGGUUAGAAUAAUUUUGAGGUGUGAGCGGCACGGUUAGAAUAAUUUUGAUGUGUGAGCGGCACGGUUAGAAUAAUUUUGAUGUGUGAGCGGCACGGUUUUUGCCUUUUUAGAACACCUCUUUCAUACACAUAACUGACUCCUUUAUCACACUCCUUUUCAGAUUGGGAAGUUUCUUAAUGCUGAUGAAUAUCAACAAAAGAUAAUUCCAGUCAUUGUUAAAAUGUUCUCCUCUACAGACCGCGCCAUGAGGAUACGACUUCUUCAGCAGGUGUGGCUAUGCCUUUUAACUGUUAGAUUUACUUUGAUCCUUACAAAACAAAAACCUCAAAUAUAUCACAUAGUCAUUGUUUCAUUUAAAAGCAAAAUAUUAACUUUUCUGUUCAGGUUGAUAUCACCUAUUCCUUGCUUGUAUCAUAAACUGCUAGCAUAUUCAUUAUUUCUAUAAGCAUUCUGACUGCUUUUAAAUACCUCCUGAGCAGUCUUCAGGGAGAAUAAACCCCAUCUUGGAUUCCCCCGUUAUAGCCAUUUAUAGUCUCUUCAUAGCUAUUGACAUUUUAAUUGAUUAUGUAUUGCUUCAUAAGAAGUAAUCAAAACAGUGGUUUCAAUAGCCUCCCUUAAAUGCAUGCAUGUAAUAUACAAAGUCCCUCUUUUUUUAUUUAUUUUUUUGGACAGACAAUAUUUUUCUGUUCUUGUUCUUUUGUAGCCAUUGGCUAACUACUAAUAGCAGCAACAAAAUAACAAUAAUCAUCAAAUUAGCGAUCCAUUAAUAUUUCAUGUCCUGGUUUAUUGUGUUUAUUUAAAGGGACACUAUAGUCACCUGAACAACUUUAGCUUAAUGAAGCAGUUUUGGUGUAUAGAACAUGCCCCUGCAGCCUCACUGCUCAAUCCUCUGCCAUUUAUGAGUUAAAUCCCUUUGUUUAUGAACCCUAGUCACACCUCCCUGCAUGUGACUUGCACAGCCUUCCAUAAACACUUCCUGUAAAGAGAGCCCUAUUUAGGCUUUCUUUAUUGCAAGUUCUGUUUAAUUAAGAUUUUCUUAUCCCCUGCUAUGUUAAUAGCUUGCUAGACCCUGCAAGAGCCUCCUGUAUGUGAUUAAAGUUCAAUUUAGAGAUUGAGAUACAGUUAUUUAAGGUAAAUUACAUCUGUUUGAAAGUGAAACCAGUUUUUUUUUCAUGCAGGCUCUGUCAAUCAUAGCCAGGGGAGGUGUGGCUAGGGCUGCAUAAACAGAAACAAAGUGAUUUAACCCCUUCAGACCGGAGGGCGUACUAUUACGCCCUAUAAUAGGCGGCUCUAAACGCCGGUGGGCGUAAUAGUACGCCCUCCGGUCUUUCGGUACUUACUCGGUCGCCGGCGGUCCCACGCCAGCGAUCGCGGUGGGGGGGACUCCUAGGGAGCCCCCGCAGCACUUCCGUCCUCCACGAAGCCCCCCGGCCAUGUGAGAGUGGGGUCCUUGCGAGGACCCCACAAUCACAUGGCCGGGGAUAGCUGGCUUCUGUAUUGCCAGCAGGGUGGCUGCCUGUAAUGACAGGUGGUCCCCCUGCUGGCUGAAAAUAAAAUUAAAACAAAUAAAUGGUGUAAAAAAAAUAAUAAUAUAUACUACACAUAUACAUACACACAUGUACACCGUCUAGGUGUAUUUUACUAUUAAUAUAUAUAUAUAUAUAUAUAUAUAUAUAUAUUAAUAUCAAAUUACACGUAGACUGAUACUGAUUAAAUAUAUAUAUAAUUAUUGUUAUAUAUAUAUUUAUAUAUAAUAUAAAAAAAAUUAGAAUGUAAAUACGUUAAUUAUUUUUUUUAAUUUUAUUUUUUUAAAUAAAUAAUUAAAAAAUAUAUAGGUGUGUGUUAUUUCGUUCUAACUGUAUUGUGAAAUUUAUAUAUAUAUAUAUAUAUAUAUAUAUAUAUAUAUAUAUAUCUCAAAAUACACAUAGAACAAAAUAAUAUAUAUAUCUAUAUACAUAAAUAUAUACGUAUAUAUCAAUAUAUAUAUAUAUACCUAUAUAUAAAUAAAAAUAUUUUUUAAAAAUUAUAUAGAUAUAUACAUAUAUAUAUAUAUAUAUAUAUAUAUAUAUAUACACAUACGUGUGUAUAUAUAUAUAUAUACAUAUAUAUAAUUCUACAUAUAUAUUUAUGUAAUAUUUUUACAUAAUUAGGUAUCUUAAUUAAUUACAAUUAGCGGGACCUGCCUGACAACCCAUGCCGAAAGUAUAGGGAAUUUAAUUUGCUAGCACUAUAUUUAACCCUAUAACUUCCAAGACACCAUAAAACCUGUAAAUUGGGGGUACUGUUUUACUCGGGAGACUUCGCUGAACACAAAUAUUAGUGUUUCAAAACAGUAAAAUGUAUUACAACGAUGAUAUCGCCAGUAAAAGUGACGUUUUUUGCAUUUUUCACGCACAAACAGCAUUACACGGACAAUAUUAUUGCUGUGAUACUUUUACUGUUUUGAAACACAAAUAUUUGUGUUCAGCGAAGUCUCCCGAGUACAACAGUACCCCUCAUGUACAGGUUUUAUGGUGUUUUCAAAAGUUACAGCGUCAAAUAUAAGGCUUGUGUUUCAUUUUUUUCACAUUAAAAUUCGCCAGAUUGGUUACGUUGCCUUUGAGACCCUAUGGUAGCCCAAGAAUGAAAAUUACCCCUAUGAUGGCAUACCAUUUGCAAUAGUAGACAACCCAAGGUAUUGCAAACAGGGUAUGUCCAGUCUUUUUUAGUAGCCACUUAGUCACAAACACUGGCCAAAAUUGCAUUUUUUGCAUUUUUCACACACAAACAAAUACUAACGCUAACUUUGGCCAGUGUUUGUGACCAAAUGGCUACUAAAAAAGACUGGACAUACCCCAUUUGCAAUACCUUGGGUUGUCUACUAUUGCAAAUGGUAUGCCAUUAUGGGUGUAAAUUUCAUUCCCGGGCUACUAUACAGUCUCAAAGGCAACGUAACCAAUCUGGCGAAUUUCAAUUUCAAAUGUAACGUGCUAUAUUUGUCCCUGUAACUUCCCAAAACGCCAUAAAACCUGUACAUAGGGGGUACUGUCUUACACGUGAGACUUUACUGAAUACAAAUAUGUGUAUUUUAUUGCAGUAAAAGCAAACAGUAUUAUGACACUGACCGUUAAAAUGUCAUGUAGAACUAAAAAAAAUAAAAUAAAAUCUUAUUUUCUCCCAUUUUUUUCAUAUUAAAUUAUGUUUCAUAGCUAAAUAUUUGAUAUUAAAAUGAAAGCCCUGUUUCCCCUGAAUAAAAUGAUAUAUAAUAAGGGUGGGUGCUUUUAAUAUGAAAGAGGUGUAUUAUGGUUGGACAGACAUGUAGCGCAAAUGCCAGGUUUUGUUUACAUUUUGUUUUGUUCACAACGUGUACAUUUGGCUCUGUCCUUAAGGGGUUAACUCCUAAAUGACAGUGAAUUGAGCAGUGAAAUUGCAAGGGAAUGAUCUAUACACUAAAACUGCUUUAUUUAGCUAAAGUAAUUUAGGUGACUAUAGUGUUCCUUUAAACAUAAAUGGUGCUUUCUAGGUUAUAUAUUUGAUGUCUCUAGUUCUCUCUAUUUUUGUCAUUGCUUUUUUUAAACAUUUUUUCUUUAAUUGUUUUGUUUUUAAAUUCCUACAUACGUUGCAGACCCAAUUUUGUUUGGACCUGACUUUUUGUUUUUUAUUUUCUUUUGGUAGAUGGAGAAUUUUAUUCAGUAUCUGAAUGAACCUACUGUGAACACACAAAUUUUCCCACAUGUAGUCCAUGGAUUUAUGGAUACCAACCCUGCGAUCCGGGAACAGACAGUGAAGGUAAGUACUAAAUGAAAACUCGCUUUCUUGCACACACCACUACACUACCUGACAGACAGAAGAAAGACAUUAGCAGUGCAUUUUGUAAAAUUAUAAUGUGUUAUAAGAUUGGUAGUUCCAGGCAGCACACUAGUCCAGGGCUCAGAUUUUCACUAACAGCACACUAGUCCAGGGCUCAGAUUUUCAAGUCCUAGCUGUAUAGCAAGGCUUUAAAGUUACUGGCCAUGACAAGUGCCAGCAAAAAAUGUUUGUGUAUUCAUAUUUAGAGCUGUAUUUGUGCAGAGGAUGUGUUUCUGAAAAUGCAUGGAUGUUUCUGUGAAGGGUCAGUAUGCAUGUGUACCCAGAUUGAUACCUCCGCCAUAGUCUCUCCCAGAUUCCCGCAAGGCAAUAGUGAAUUAUAGCUUCCAUAUACCCAGACGUCAGUCGAGACUUGAUGAGGGGGGGAAAUUUGUUUUUAUUAGGAAAAAGCACACACAUUUAUAACCAGACCCCCAACAUGGGCUCUCUAUUCAGAGCAUCCUAAGCCCACCCAGGUGCCUGUGUCUGGGAGAUUAUUGAAUUGGUCCUUCAGUAAACUAAUUAUCUCCCAGGUAUACAGAGAGCCCAAUACAAAAAUCCCCCUAAAACACACCUUAAACAUUAACGUAUCCCCACCUAUCAUACAUCCCCCGCAGUGUUAGUUUUGUCGACUAACAAUUUUAGUCAGAUUUUAGUCGACUAAAACUAGAAUAAUUAAGAUGAUUAAAAUACAACUAGAAGUGAAAUGGCAUUUUAGUCAAGACUAUGACUAAAACUAAACUGAAAUUUGCCACCAAAAUGACUGCACAAAGGGGCUGUGGAAGGGGCAAAAGAGACAGAGGGUUUAACUAAACCCAUUAGAUUUUAGUCGUCUCGACUAAAAUGUAUUGGAGAUUUAGUUGACUAAAACUACAACAAUUCAGGUAACUAAAAUGGCGUUUUAGUCAAAAGAUUAACUAAAACUAAAUUGAAAUUUGCCACCAAAAUGAACAUUGAUUGAUUUCCACCGAAAGGUCUAAUCCGAGCGCCAAUUCUGUGAAAAUAGCACUUGCAUCCAUGGGGUAUUGUCCGAACGCCAUCGUUUCAAAGUUUAAGCUGACCGCUGUAACAAAUUUGACCAAGAAAAGUCCAUGCAGUUGGAGCCAUUCCUCAGUAAAAUACCGGGGGCAUAUCCUGGUGUGGAAGGGUAGCUUUCUGGUGGUUACAGGGAGUUAAUGUUAGGCUUAAGGGGUAGAUGCUUCUCUCUAUAAAGCGCUUUCCUGGGUAGUUGGGAAGAUGGGGAAAUUGAGGUAAAAGAGACCAGGACAAGGGGCUAAGCAUGGUCGAGCUAGAGUUCUAGGGCGAACAUAGGUUACUCCUGCUGAUAGCGUCUGGAUACUCCAACCUAGGAAUGUCUCCUGGGUAGUGGACAAGGGUCAGUGGGUGAGAAAAGUACACAGAAGGUAGAGGUAACCUUAGGGAAGUUUAGUAGAUCAUAGUCUUUAUGUGAGUUCUUUGCAGCAUGAAAACAAAAAGAGGGUGAAAUAUUUGUAGCUAAUGGCGUUAUUAUCUCACACAUUUGUAAAGUUGCUGUAAAUAUUCAUAUUUAAACUUUAUGUGCAUUUGUGCUUCAAAUCUCUCUAUCUCUUUUCAGUCCAUGUUGCUCUUGGCUCCUAAGUUAAAUGAAAAUAAUCUUAAUGUGGAGCUUAUGAAGCAUUUCGCUAGGCUACAGGCACGAGACGACCAGGGACCUAUUCGUUGUAACACAACUGUGUGUUUAGGCAAGAUUGCACCUUAUCUCAAUCCCACGGUGAGUAUGUAAUACGUUUAUAUUGUAUAGGUUCCAUUUAAUAGUAGCCAAAUAUUGCAGGAUAUUUAAUCGUGUACAUAAAUUAACAUUACCGCAAACAAAUAGCCCUGUUGUAUCUGAAAAGGUGUAUACUUGAGGGGUGUUAUGACCUUGAUUAAAUAUGCCAAAGUUUGCAUCCAUGCCAGAUCUAUGAUCUGAAUUAGGACUACGCUUAAAUAACCACUCCAGGCUAUUUUUUUUAUUUUAAAACAAAUUUUUUUUUAUUUUUAUUUUAAUCGUGUAUCUGAAAAAAAAGAUUGUAAAUGCUGCUGUUCUUAUGAGCUGCGGCCUUUGCAAGCCAUCUCCUUUUUACCUGGAGAAUAGACUACCAGUCUCUUCAUGGGGAAUUAGCCUGUCCUCUGAAUCUGUGCGUAAGGGUGAUCUCACAUCUGACCUGAGAUCUGUGGGGGCGAAGGCAGGUACGCUCAAGUAGAGCAUGCCUGCCACUUCUGUUAGCUCAGGGGUUUGACAUUCAUGGGAGUGUUCCAUAAUUUAGUUAUAAAACCAAUUUUUGUAGAAAUCUGAACUUUUAUAAACUUAAGGCAAGACUUAACCACAGCUGCAUGCCAGGUCAUCAUAAUGUCCCGAAAUUGAGAGGUGUACUUGUUUCUUACAUCCGCUAUUGAAACAGAUUACUAGAGAAUAUAUAAUUGACAAACGGGUUUUAGACGGUCAUAAUGGGCAUAACUGCAAAGAUGAUGGUGUGUAGAGCCCCUUGCAACUACUCUCCAUUCUGAACAUGGCUUAGAACUGCAGAGAUUGCUGCCUCUCAUAGCUGUCAGUAAGGCAGCACAGAACAAGAACAUGUAUUAUUUUGUUUACGUUUUGCAGGCAGCCACUGCAUACCAUGCAUUCAACUCCCAAGAGAGCCAAGCUGGGAGACUAUAACUCUGCUAAGCACAUGAAAUAGUCCAGUUCACUAAACAUGCUAUAUGUAAACUGAUUGCAGCUGCAGUAAGGCUAUUGUCGCUUAGGAAGAGUGGAACUGCUCUUGGGAAUAAUCAACUCGUUUUAUUAAUUGUGGGAUAAGAGUUUCUUCCUUGUGUGUUUAAAGGAAACUUUAAAAAGGAGUUGCUUUUUUGUUCUUUCUUUGUUUUUGUUUUUUUUUUUAUUAUUUUUUAUACUUUAUAAUUUAGAGUGAAAAAAAAAAGACAAAGGAAACACAUAAAAGCCGCACAUGAAAAACAAUAAAAACCUCAGAAACCUAAAAGAAUAGAAAAAAAAUUGAUGCAUAUUGUAAACAAAAAAUAUAACCAUUGUAAUAGUAAUAAUAAUUUCUAUAAUACUAUUGAUACCAUUAAUAAUACUAGUACCCCCACACAAUGCUUUGUACAGCUCUGAUCUUAUCACUGUUCACUGUGGACCUAUGUCUGCUGUAUUCAGUUGUAUAACAAGUCCCUAAUGUUCCAGUGUCUUCAUGCAGUAAGACCUGGUUUCCAUAUUUCUAAGAAUUUGAUUUGACUUUUAGCAGAUGUUACAGCUGCAUAUUCAUAUAAAUAAUAUUGUCUUAUCCUGCCAAUGAAUUGAUUGUGUUGUACAGGUAGCUUUUUUAUUUUUUUUUACUGUUAUUUUUUUUAAAGGGUUACUUUUAUGUCAUAGUUUCUCGUUUAAUAAUUUACAUUCAGGAUAUGUAAGUCAUUUUUUUGUUUUUUUUUUAAAAGUCAUUCAUACAAUCGGUCUGCAUUAACUUUUCCACAGACGCGGCAGAGGGUUUUGAUAUCCGCGUUCUGCAGAGCUACGAAGGAUCCAUUUGCACCUUCCCGUGCAGCGGGCGUUCUUGGUUUUGCUGCUACACAUAACUUUUAUUCUAUGACAGACUGUGCUGCAAAGAUCCUACCUGUACUAUGCGGGGUCACUGUGGAUCCAGAGAAGAGUGUUAGAGACCAGGUGAGACAUUACAAAUAAAUUAUGAUUAAUCUUUUUCUGUGUAGAAAGCGCAGAUUUUCCUUGUCCUGCCGUUGUCACCUACCAUUUUAUUUAUUUUAGAGAAAUGGAGACUGAGCUCAACUGAGCCCAGUUUAAUAGGGGACCGAGGUUUAAAAUUCUAAAACUUUGCAGAAUAUGUUGGUGCAUUAUAAAUGCCAAUAAUAAGACUCCAUUUUACCCAGAAGACCAUAGGAAUUGGGGAAUAGGGUACAAGGCUUCAUUUUUGCCUCAGUGAUGAGAUUGGUUGAGGAAUAUGGAUAACAGGAUAAAUGGAUACAUUUAGGAAUAGGGUGUAAGGCCCCCCUCUGAAUUACUAAAUUUGUACAUGUUUUGGGAUUACGAUCAAAUAAAAUUAGUAAUAUUUUUGAUACUUCUCUUUGAGAGAUGGUGUUCUACCCCGUCUGAUUUGCUCACAAGGGAGUAAUAAAAGAUAUGUUACAGUCUGCGAGGGAGACAUAGGAAGGAGUAAAGAGAGCAAAUUUAGUCUAUUAUGGGUCAUAAUAUUCUUAUUUGAAUUUUCCAUUCUAUUGACUUUUAGGCCUUUAAAGCAAUCAGAACCUUUCUGGAUAAGCUAGAGUCUGUGUCAGAGGAUCCAACGCAGUUAGCAGAACUUGGUGAGUGAAAUACUGAUCAUUGUAAUAUGUAGAAGGCAUUAUACAAGCAUAACAUUAUCCUGUAAAAUGUUUAGCUUUUUGACUGAGAAUGAUUAUUGAAAUUAAGCUAAAAGCAGCUACACGGUAGAUCAUAGCUUGACCAUGCAUCUGGAUAUGCCAGGCACGCCACUUGCUUACACCUCUCUUUCCAUUAUGUCAGCUCAUUAUCUAGAUAAAGGAACACUCAAAACUACAUUUAUUUAUAACAGAGCAUUGUAAGGUCUACUUAGUUACUAGUUGCUGUAAAUUAAGGUUACUUGGCUCUAAUCUAGCAGAGAGAGAGAGUCACAGAUCCUUGGUGCCCUCAGGAGAUCCUCACCAAUGAUGACCUCCCAGGCCAUAUAAUUGGAAUCGGGGUUUAAGGAUGGAAAUAGCUGUGCUGAUUUUGAGUGAACGCCAUCCGGGAGGGUACAGAAUUAGUAGCUUUAUAGAUGUGCAGACUUCUCUUGAAAGACAGAACACUUUGUUAAUCCCCUAAAGUUCUUCUGCAAGCUUUUAUUUAAAAAUUACUUCCUUUAAAUAUACCUAGUUCACACUGAGUAAAAAUUGGGUAUCUUUCCUGGUUUAUUAAAUUUAUAUUUUAUAAGAUGAGAUUUAGUUAGAUAUUAAAAAGGAAAAAAAAACUGCAUUGUUAAUUUGGAGAUUUUGAGAUUCACACUAUUAUGAAAUGGGCUGUGCUCACAUAUGUAGUGGGUGGCGAUUACCUUUCAUUAAAGGGUGGACAGACUGAAUUCCAUAGUAAGAUAUACAUUGUUUUUUGAUGUGAGAAGCUGUUAGUGUCCUGUCUGGUAGCGCAAAGGUGUGUUGAUAUAUAGAUAGAUAUAUAUAUAUAUAUAUAUUCCUCCUGAUAAUUCUGUUCAUGUACUUAUUCUAAUUCUACAUCGUUUGUGGAGUCCAACGGCAUUAAAGGUGGAUCUGUAAGACUGUUUGUUUCUUUAUCAAACCGCAUUUGUUUUAAGAAAAUACUAGGUGGUCUUCAUAAACAAGAGAUUGCACUGACGCAGAAUUUGAUUGCCUAGUUUAACUCUACUAUUCAUAACUAAUGCAGGUUUUGAUUGGUAAUUUGGCAUUUCUCCCGUAGAGAAAGAUGUACAUGCUGCUUCAGUUAAUCCUGGUAUUGUAGGCGGAUGGGCUGGCUGGGCAGUCACAGGUGUCUCAUCCUUGACAUCCAAAUUCAUCCGCACAAGUCCAACAGGAGGUCAGGAACCGCCACCACCAGCAGCAACCGCACCGGCAUCAACUCCUGUACCUUCCACAGUAAGCAAACCAGGUGAGUUGGUUGUGGCAGAGAUAAAUAGACCUGCUCCUAAUCCUUCUUGUAAUGUACAUUUGGCAAAUGUGCCCAUGCAGGCUCCAGCUGAUAUUCACUUAUCUAUCAAUUUAUUAAAUGGCAGAACAUUGAGCAGUGAAACUACAGGGGAACGAUAUCUUUAUUCAAAUUGCUACAUUAAGCGGAAGUUGUUUUGGUGCUUAUAGUAUCCUUUUAACAUUGCUCACUUGUUUAAUUGUGAGCUGGAAAAGUUUUUGGCCUUUUUAAUGUUGUACCUGAGGCUAUUGUAUGUUUUAAAAAUGACCAACAUCUCACGAUCAUAGAGGAUUAUUGAGGGGAAAAUCUGCAAUACCAGACUUAAUAAUUAUCCAUUCUAAUUAGCCAUAAAUAAUUAUUGUUUUAGAAUCUGCCCCUUCACCAGUCAUUCCUUCUCCCUCAACCAAAACAUAUGAUGAUGAAGAUAAUGAAGAAGAAGAGGAAGAAAAGGAUGAGCUAGAGGACAGUCCUUUAGAUCGAUGGGAUGAUGAAGACUGGGGUAGCCUAGAGGUAAGAUCCUCACGGUGUUUCAUAUGAUGUCUUCUCCACAAGUACAGGUCAGUCUCUGAUUACGGAAGUACCUCUGGAGUGGACUUGGAUUUAACUAGUGAAAACAUAAAACAUUUCCAAACCUUCUUUUUUGAAAUGGAAUAAAUAAUUGCUUUUAUCUAGGAUUCUGCACAGAACAAGGGGCAGCCCGAAGCUGAUGACUGGGACACAGGAUGGGGCAGUACCUCUAAUAAAAAGACGCAGGAAAAACCAGUGAGUGUCUUUUUCUAAAUAUGUAACUAUUCUGUUUCUGCGUCCUUUUUUAAAUUAUUAUUUAUUUAUUUUUAAAAUCUUUAUUUUUGCGAUGGCAGAUCAUAUGGUAAAGUAACAUUUUUCAGCUUAUGCAAAAGCCAUAUGAUAGUACAUAUGUCAAUUAUAUAUCACAGAAAGAAAAAGAAAGUAGAGAGUUAUUUUGAUGAGGUUUUUCUUCUGCGUCCUUUUUUAAUAAUUCCUUCUUUUUAAAAUAUUUUCAAACCGGUUGAUCAUUCCGAGAAUUUUACCCAUUUUAUUCUCUUGCAUAUUCACCUUCCAUCGUCAUUGUCUGGUCCAAUGCUUCAUCCUUCACUUAUUUGUUUGCUAGAACUCUUUUAUCUUGUAGACUACAUAAACUUCCAAAUUACUUUUAUUUACUCAUUUUUAAAUUUUCUUGCCCCUUCAGUCCACACUUCCGUCCUCCAGAAGCAAAUCCGAACAGUUCACACAUCAGAAACAACCUGAUUAUAGGCCGUCAGCACCUGAGGAUGGUUGGGGGUGGGAUGAUGCUUUUCAGACCGUGCCUUCAACAAAAUCUAAAGCUCUACUCCCUGAAGGCACAAGACCUGCCAGUGAAUAUAACUGGGACAGUGCUGGAGGUGGAGGUAAACAUGUGGAGUUCUUUGCAGCAACAGAACAGGUAAGCCAGGUGGUUAUCUACACAUUUAUAUUUAAAGUAUUGUUCUUUUCUUUACAAUUAUAAUAUUGUGAUUUUCUUAAAGGGGCAGUAUAGACACAACAGCUCGGUGUAGUGAUUACGUUGCCUAAAGUCUCUGACAUAACUGUUUGUCCAGUUUGGAUGAAAUUGACAUUGAGAACUUAGAAGCAUACAUUCUGCAUUAUCAACACAGCCAAGGAGGGGAUGGUCCCCCCAGGUGAAGUGCAGAGCCCUGUUUAUCAACCCGUUUCCAAACAGUCUAACAUAACUGGAAAAUAGUAUCCAUAAACUACAGGCAACAAAACUACUACACCAUGCUGCUUAGUAGCUUAUCUCAACAUUUAUAGAUGAUACAAGGAUGAGUUGAUAUACCUACUCACAUUAUAUUAUCACGGUACUGACGUUGCCUAGAACACAUUACCAUAUAUUGCUGAUGAUUGACACAUCCUUACAGUUCAGGAUACAGUAUUGUAUUCUCCGUUGUAAUUUACAUCCUUAGAGCAUGAGAUACAGUGCUGAACUCACUGAAACUCCUGGUUCAUGUUGAAAACUGUAUCUUUCAUCAGUAUCACACAAGGUUUGUGUGCCUGGUCCACAGAAUUAAGAAAGCAGUGUACUUCUGAAUGCAAUGACAUUUCAUUGUUGCUCAUGCACGAUCUGCUAUAUUGAACAUACAAUCUAUGAGAUGUUAAGCUCUUUUGAGCAGGGCCUUAUUCAUAACCCCUUUCUAUCAUUGUAAAGUGCUGCAGACUAUACAGGCGCUAAAUAAAUGCCAUGUACAGUGAUUUAAACUUAUACUAAUUUUUUUAUUUAAAUAAAUAAAAUGUGUGUCGUAUACAAUACAUUUUUCCCACUGCUGCAUAUUUGGCGAUCUUCUGCAAUGGAAAAGUCUAAUCUAAAAAAAAAAAGUGUUUAUCUUUGUAGUAAAUUAUUUUAUUAAUUCGAGAAAAUUGGUGCAAUUUUCAUAACACUUUAAUUUCAAGAACAUUGUGGGCUAUUUAUCAAUCUAUUUUACAAAUAAAAGUAUUGAUUUACAAAAUUCUAUACAGUAUACAUACCUGCUUCUGCUGCACAGCAAUUAAAAACAUAUAAAAUGGACUAAUUCCAUUUGUCCUUUUUUUGGUAUACUAAAUGUAUGUUUACUUUCCCUCUCUCAACAGAAAGAUUCUGAUGCAGUUGGGGACUGGGGUGGUGAUGACAAUUGGGAGUCUGUAGAAGCUGAUCAGGGUAAGAUAAUACCACCAUUGUCUCAUUUCUUCUGUUUUAACAGGAGCGGGCCUCUCUACAUGGACUUUAAUAUUUUUGGAUAAGCUUAAGUAAUUAUUGGCAGAGGUCACUGUUAGAAAUCAUUUUCCUGUGAAUUAUCUAUAAUAAUUCCUCCCGAUUUUAACACAUUGUGAUCAUUUGAAAUGCUUAACCAAAAAUCUUUUUAUAAUCUAUAUUUUUCUUAUAACCAUAAUAGAUGUUUACCUUGAGAAUGGAGUUAGACGUUCUUGUUAUGAGCUUAGUUGCUAUGUUUCCCUUAGGCUGAAGCACCACUCAUUGUUUGUUUCAAAUAAUUUAAUUAAAAUAAAUCUGUACCUAUAACUAUCACACGUGGUUUUCGAGGUCUUGUUUUACCGUAAGCUCUAGAAAACCACAAAUCUCUCAUCCACUCCUCUAGGGAGUGUGUGUAAUUUGUCAGUACUUGCAGUGUCCAUACAUUUUAGUUUUCCCAGUAAUUUAAAUGUCAGUCCUGGGUGAAUUGCACAUAAGUACAUCUUAUCACUAACGUUGACUGGAAUUACUGAGCAUUGUUUGUGCAGUGUUUGUGUUUUUUCUUUGUUCUCUUUAUGGUGUUAAGGAGUGAGGGGAAGAAAAAAAAGACACGUAAACUGUGUAUUUUGCAAAGUUCUUGAAUGUGAAGGGAGCAUAUAGUGAACUGUAACUAUACAAUAUAUUAAAGUGGCAGAUCCAGGUGUUAAUCAAUUCCCUUCAUUCUUUAAUAAUUUGGUCACUUUCAUAAUUUGGAUUUUAACUAGCCGUUUGCUUGUACAGGUUUAAGUAAAGCUGAAAUUGCACGUAAAAAAAGAGAAGAACGUCAACGAGAAAUGGAAGCUAAGAGGGCAGAACGGAGGGCAGCAAAGGGGCCCUUAAAACUGGGAGUGAGGAAGUUGGACUGAAAGGAGCAGAAGGAUGGUAUGUGGAGGUCUUUGUUUUAUGAAUUUAACAUGUAACAGUUGCAUCGUAUUCAAUUUGUCCCUCUCAGGCAAUAUCCACAGUUUUUUGCAUGUGUUGGGUUUAUACUCUUUUACAGUCAUCCACAUACCAGGGGAUAGUUUAGUAGUUUAAUUAUAUCAAAGGCUGUCAGGAAAAGAUACUAAUAACAUACCACACAUUUUACUGUACCUGUCUGGAUAUACUGUAAGCUGGUUUGAGCCUUCCUAAAUUAUAGGUUAGUAAACUUGCAGUGGUGGCUGGAGGUCCUGGUUACCAUCUUACCUUAACGGAUUUGACAGCCCCAGAGUAGUGUAGGUCACCUGUCGGCUCUGCCCCACUUCUUCCCGCCAAGAUCACAGGCUGGGGGCUGGCACUCUGCGUAUCACUAGUUUUCUCUUGUGAAAAGGGUACAGUUUUAUCAAGGGGAAACUAGUGAUAGCCGGAAGAAGAGUAGCAGAGCAAAUGGGCGCUGUCCUCCAGGCACCAUAACUUUAUUAGGUUAUUGUGGCCAGAGCAAUCCUUUUAAUGUAGUCUCUGGUCGGUAUUUACUUAUUUAGUAUAACCUGCAUUGCCCAUGCAGCAGCUUAGUACUUGAAAAGACCAGAAGCUCUGGUUUAAAGUGUGUGUUUUGUUUUUUUUUAACACUUGUACUUGUCUAAGGACUAGUAUUCAACAGGACAUUUGAAGAAGAGACCUGUACAGCCUGCAAGAAUGUGGACUGUAUUAGGUUUUUAAUUUGCCAGAUUGUUUCUCCUCUAAAUAUACAAUAUAAAUUUAAAUAUUGUUUCCGUUAGAGGCCAGUCAAGGCAGUGCACCCAUUCCCACAUACUUUAUCACCCUCGAACAACUCUCUUUUCACCAACAUGAUUAUUCGUACAUACCGACCACAAUUCUGCCUCUCCUUCCUACUCCACCUUCAUGGGUGGAGAGAUCACUCCACGCACAUUGCUUGUAUUAGUGGUGGCUAGCAAGCCCUGUGACAGCAGAAAAACUGCUUGCUCAGUCACUCCACUGUUAGUUCUUCCCCAGCUGAAAAUCAGUUCUUGGUGUUAGACAUUUUAUAUAUAAUCUUUGUACAAAAAAAAGGGCUAAUUUUUAAAUUACACGAUAUGCUUGCAAAAUUGGGGAGGGGGAUAUCUUCUGCUUUGAAAUACUAGAUCAGGUAUUUUAAAAUGCAUAUUCAGUUGAUAGCAGACUGUGUAUUUUAUUCUUGCCACAAUCAACUUUAAUCUACCUGUACUGAGAAAUCUUUGACUAGUACAAUGUAUAAAUUAAAUAAGUGGUUCCCAAACCAGUCCUCACGACCCAGUAACACUCCAGGAUCUCCAUUGGAAAAUAAAAAGGAAAUACAUAAAUACUGGAUUGUUGGUGGGCUAGGAGGAUUGCUUUGGGAACCACUGGAUUAAAUGAGGUGGUAGGAACAGUCCCACAAUAUGUACCUCCUAUAAAAAGCAAAUUCUCUAACUUAACUAUACUCCCACUGUUGCAGUUCGGCCUUUUCUUCACCACAAAUCGGGAUUUAGCAGCUCAUUAAAAAUGAAUACAUUUUGACUACUAACUUAGCAUCUAGGUCAGGGGGGUCUGUAAAUAAAAUUGCAACUUUCUCGACUAUAUGCCCCAGAAAGCACAUGAGACAUGCUGACUUAAGACUAAAAUAAGUGUCAGAAUUGGUUGAACCACAGCCUGAUUUUGUGAGAUUUUUUGCUGCUUCUGCAGAGGCUUCUAUGGCGAGUGGUACCCUUCUUAUUAAUGUAUUAUCUACAUAUGCCUUAAAAAUGGGGUUCAGUUGCAGCUUAUUCUUUCCCUUAAAACAAAGGUUUAUUUUGGGGGGGCUUUUAUUGCCUUGAAGAAAUAACAUUUAGUAGGGCUAAAUCACUGCUUCCUUCUUUCUAUUUGCAGGUAGCAUCACCAUCCCAAUAAGCUGUAACAUUUUCCAUAAAGAAGAGAGAACAAGGCCAGAUUCAGAUUUCAUAAUAUUUAUGCUGUAUAAAGUUUUAUCUUCCAUACCAUGCUGUAUAUUAACAGCGCAAGAAUAAAAUAUCAUUUUCCAAACCACAAUCUGUGUUGAUUCUAUUAAUUCUUUAUCAUGUUCCAGUAAAAUACUCCUUUUUAAAUUGCUUACACCCUCAGGAUGCAGUCAUUUCUUACAACAGUUAAAAUAUUGAAACAUGCAUCUAUAUAUUGCAUUUCUCCCUUGGUUUUUGUCUUGUACAUACUACAAUAAAGACAUCUGAAAUUAAUUGUUUACAAUAGUAGAGUACAAUAUGUCGGGUCUAAGAAGGACCUCCACUGCAAUGUAUAUCUGACUGCAGUAUAAAAAGCUAAUGGCCUGUGCAAUUGUUACAAUUAAACAGGAGAGAGAAAUAAAAGUAGUGUCUUUGGUUGCCUCUCGCCUGUUUCCCUUUUAAGAAACUGGUAAUUUGUUACAAAAAUACAUUUUAAAACAUUUCCAUUGUAAACAGAAAUUUUGGAUUUGGAAUUAUGGGUAAUGCCCAAAGGUCAGUAGGCUCCUUUUGGUAAAAAUGGGAAAGGAUUAUGCUGGAUUGGUCAAGGAGAAAGCUCUUUAAAUCACAGUUUAACUACGUAGCCAUUUGAUGGGAAGAAUUAUUAUGAAACCAUGUUAAUGAUUUGUAUUUUAGCAAGAACCUUGACACAUCUUUGUUUUCUAUAGGUUCCCAGUGAUAUGUCCAGAUUAUGCAGAAUAUUAAAAGACAUAACAUUGUGUGGGGAUGGAUCGGGUUUUUCAUGUUAAGUCCUGGCAGUAUUUAGAACGGUGUCAGCCCUUGGCCCAUUUUAAAUAACUGACAUUAGGAUAUAGUCUUCAGCCUCUGCAUCUUUAUGAUGAGGUACUGGAGAGGUUGAGAAGACUAGUGUGAUCAGAGAUCUAAA